CACAGAAACAAAAACCUGGACUCCGUAGGAUAUCAACUUCUUCAUUAACUUUGAAGACUUCUUUUCGCGUUUAGGUUUUUAAAAAUACAUUAAAUCUUAUAGUAAGAUUUUCUGGUGAAGAUGGGUGUACCUAAAUUUUACCGAUGGAUUUCGGAGCGAUAUCCUUGCCUCAGUGAAGUUGUCAAGGAGCAUCAGAUUCCUGAGUUUGACAACUUGUACCUGGACAUGAAUGGAAUCAUCCAUCAGUGUUCCCAUCCCAAUGAUGAGGACGUGCACUUUCGCAUCUCUGAGGAGAAGAUCUUUGCAGAUAUCUUCCACUACCUGGAGGUUCUCUUUCGUAUCAUCAAACCCCGGAAGGUUUUCUUCAUGGCUGUGGAUGGUGUCGCUCCGAGAGCCAAGAUGAAUCAGCAACGCGGGAGGCGAUUCAGAUCAGCAAAGGAAGCAGAGGAGAAAAUAAAGAAGGCCUUGGAGAAGGGGGAGGUUCUCCCUACAGAGGCCAGGUUCGACUCAAACUGCAUCACGCCAGGGACGGAAUUUAUGGCCAGGCUCCAGGAGCAGCUGAAGUAUUUUGUGCACAAUAAGCUGUCCUCUGACAAGUCAUGGCAGGAGGUCAGCGUGUACCUGUCGGGGCACGAGACUCCCGGGGAAGGAGAGCACAAGAUCAUGGAGUUCAUCCGCUCAGAGAUCGCCAAGCCAGGUCACGACCCCAACACCCGGCACUGUCUUUACGGCCUGGACGCGGACCUGAUAAUGCUGGGUCUGACAAGCCACGAGCCCCAUUUCUCCCUCCUGAGAGAAGAGGUUCGCUUUGGUGGGAGAAAGGCCCAGAAGAGAAUAACAGCCCCGGAGGAAACAACCUUCCACCUGCUGCACCUGUCACUCAUGAGGGAGUACAUCGAUUACGAGUUCUCAGAACUGAGGAAUAAGAUCCCGUUUGAGUACGACCUAGAGCGGAUUAUCGAUGACUGGAUCCUGAUGGGUUUCCUGGUGGGCAACGACUUCAUACCUCACCUACCUCACCUGCACAUUAACCACGAUGCCCUGCCGCUCCUGUACCGCACCUACAUCAGCGUGCUGCCCACUCUGACAGGUUACCUCAAUGAGAACGGCAACCUGAACCUCGCCAACUUUCAGAAGUACCUGGACAAACUUUCUGAGUUUGACCGGGAGCAUUUCAGUGAGGUCUUUGUGGAUCUGAAGUGGUUCGAGAGCAAAGUGGGGAACAAAUACCUGAACGAGGCGGCGGGGCUGGCGGCCGAGGAGGCCCGAGCUCAGGAGGGGAAGAGGAACAAGGUGCUGGACAACUCUCUCUGUCUUGCUGCUCUGGAUGGAGGCAAAGACUCGGACAGCCUCAACACCAAAGAUUGUUCAGAGGAGGACGGCGAGGAUGAUGACAUCUUUGAGACGGAGUUCCGACAGUAUAAACGCUCGUACUACAUGACCAAGAUGGGCGUGGAAGUGGUUUCAGAUGAGUUCCUGGCCAAUCAGGCAGUAUGUUAUGUCGAAGGCAUCCAGUGGAUCUUGCAUUACUACUACCAUGGAGUCCAGUCCUGGAGCUGGUAUUACCCUUACCAUUACGCCCCCUUUUUGUCGGACGUGCGGAACAUUGCGGGGCUGCAGCUGAAGUUCAACCUCGGGAAACCCUUUAUGCCUUUCGAACAGCUGCUGGGGGUCCUGCCUGCAGCCAGCAAGGACCUGCUGCCAAAGUGUUACCAGCACCUGAUGAUGUCGGAGAGUUCAUCCAUCAUAGAGUAUUACCCCCUGGACUUCAAAACGGACCUCAACGGCAAGCAGCAGGAGUGGGAAGCGGUGGUGCUCAUCCCCUUCAUCGACGAGAAACGUUUGCUGGCAGCUAUGGAGACUUACAAUGACCUCCUGAGUCCGUCGGAGAAGGCCAGGAACAGGCACACAGAGUGCGCGCUGUACCGCUACGACGGUGACCUGGAUUUCGCCUACUCCUCACCACUGCCGGACAUGUUCCCUCACAUCACACGCUGCCACGUCAGGCAGACGCUGAUCCCCAUGGACGCGUGGCACGUGUCGCGGGACCGCGCGGGCCGGCGGGUGGACGCCAGCUCGCUGUACUUCUGCGGCUUCCCCACGCUGAAGCACAUCCGUCACACGUUCAGUAAGAAGAAGGCCGGCGUGGUGGUUUUCCAGCAGAGCAGCCGAGGGGAGAACAUGAUGCUGGAGAUCACGCCCAGCCAAGCGGAGGACGAGCUGGAGUGUGACUACGUGGCCUCCCUGGUUCUGGGCAAGUCCAUCUUUGUGAACUGGCCGCACCUGGAGGAGGCCCGGAUCGUGGCCGUGUCGGACGGAGAGACCAAGUUUUUCUUGGAGGAGGCCCCAGGGGUGCAGACACUGUACCUGGGCAGCAUGCCACCGCCCACCAAGGUGUCGUACCUGAGUGACAAGGAGCAGAAGGAUUGGGUGAAGGAGGUGCAGACCAUCACUGAACAUUACGGUAAGCGGAAGGGGAUCACCAUUAACGAGACAGCAGUGCUUGUGUACGGGCAGCUCCUGACGGGACGGAAGUAUGUGGUCGGCCAGAACGGCCAAGUGCAGCUGGAGAAGCAGUGGGCCAAGCAGGUCCUGCCCUUCGCCUACCAGACCAUUGUCAAGGACAUCAAGGCCUUUGACUCCGCCUUCUCUCGCUUCAAAACACUGGAGGAGCUGUUUCCACCGACAACCACUGUCUUCAUGGUGGGGAAUCCAUACUACGGUGCCAUGGGAGAGGUGCUGGAGUCCGGUGAUGUCAUCAGUGAGGGGCGGAUCCGGGUCGUUUUCACUGUGCCAUGUGAACCUCAGCUUGAUGCCUUAAUACAGAACCAGCAUAAGUACUCCGUGAAGUACAGCCCUGGGUACGUCCUGGCCUCGCGGCUCGGUAUCACCAGUUACCUGGUGUCCAGGUUCUCCGGCAGCGUGUUCAUCGGACGAGGUUCCAAGAAGAACCCCCACGGGGAGCAGAAGACUAACGUGGGACUGAACCUCAAAUUUAACAAGAAGAAUGAGGAGGUUCCUGGGUACACCAAGAGGACCGAGAGGGAGUGGCUUUACUCUGCGGCCGUCGAGGAGCUGAUCGCUGAGUACCUGGAGAGGUUCUCGGAGGUGUUUGACUUUGUCUCCAGGAACAGCCACGAUGACGUCUUCUACGAGGACGAUAUCUGGCCUGGAGAGGAUGAGAACGGGGCUGAAAAGGUCCAGGAGAUCACCUCCUGGCUGAAAAUGCACCCUGUUAGCUCCUCCUCUCGGGCAUCAUGUGACCUGCAGAUCCUUGAUGCGGGCAUCGUGGAGAAGAUCGAGGAAGAGCUGGAGAAGGCCAAGCUGAAGAAGAGCAGCAAGAAAGUCCGUGUGACCGUGAAGCCACACCUCCUCUUCAGGCCCCUGGAGCAGCAGCUUGGUGUGGUCCCAGAUCCUGAUGCAGAGUACCGGCUGUUUGACCGCGUGGUGAACGUUAGGGAGAGCUUCUCUGUCCCACUGGGUCUCAGGGGGACCAUCAUUGGCAUCAAGGGGGCUGACAGGGAGGCAGAGGUUUUGUUCGAAGUUGUGUUUGAUGAGGAGUUUGCUGGAGGACUCACCAUCAGGUGCUCCCCUGGCCGGGGCUACAGGAUGCCCCCGAGUGCCUUAAUCAACCUGACCCACGGCAGUCGGCAGGAGUUCAGUGGCCACAAGCUAACCGCCAUCGUGAAGCCACAGCCCGCGUCCUCCUCGCACCACACCCACAAGGGUCAGCUGGGUGGCCUAAACCACUCCCCUCGCUCGCCCUUCAUACCCACGCAGCAGCAGAAUGGGAGACAAGGCUUGAAUCUCAGGGCUGAAACUCAGGGAAACAGGAACUCGCCACACAAGAAGAACACACAGAAGGGCUUCAGCAAGGAUGAGGAGUUCAGUAAUGUGUGGCAGUCUCUGCAGGGUUCCGGAAUGCCCCAGAACCCUCCAGCUCACUGGCAGAACAACCAGGCAGGGAAGGGUGGCUGGGGGGCAGGUUCACCAGGCCAAAAGAGGCGACAGGAGGAACAGCAGCAACCGGAUCAGGGUAGAAGCCAGCGUAAUGACCCCCAGGCCUUCCAACCACACAGCAAGCCUGGUCCGGCUGGAAACAUCAGAGUUCUGAAGAGGAACGAAGACGUCACCUCCCUCUUCCCCUCCCAGAACACACCCAACAAGCCUUCCUCAGAGUUUGAGGAGCUGAUCGCUAACCUGAAGAUCUCCAAGAGCAGCCAGAGCACUCCGGCCCAGCCUUCGCAACCCAAAGAGGAAACUGACAUUUCAGAGCCCCUGUCCCCACAGUCCUUUGCCAUGAAGGGGACCCUUAUGCUGAAGGAAAUGCUGAAGAUUGACAGCUCAGGCACUGCAGAUUCUGCCCCCCCAGCCAACAUCCAAAACUCUGCCAACGCCAGUGGUCAGCAACAGAGCAGGAGGAAGCCCACCAAAAAGCUAGCUGCUCGGAUCAACAAACCCCAGGGAGAGUCAUCAGGGCAGCCCCUUCCUCCCCCGCUGGUGCCUCCGUCACCUCUCGUCCCGUCUGUGGCCUCUGAGCUCGCCCGGAUCUGUGUAGGGCUGGGAAUGGCCCCACCAGAAUUUGCCUUCCUCUGCAGCCCCCAGGGCUUGACAGUGUGCCAGGUGAAGCUGGCGAGCGGACUCUUGGUCCAUGGGCCUCAGUGCCAGUCUGAAAACGAGGCCAAGGAGAAAGCCGCCCUCUUCGCCCUGCAGCGCCUGAAUUCAGUGGGCUCUGGGUUCCCCUUGCCUCCACCCCUGUUCCCCAACAUGCAGCAGAUGAGGGCAUUGGCACCUGGACCCCUCCCUUCUGUGUUUGGCCAACCAGCUGGGAGCCUGCUGAUGCACCCCCAGUCUCAGAGUUAUGGUCCCCUGCAUUGGGGCACCCACCUCCCCCACCAAGGACAGCCCUUCUACCAGGGCACCUACCCUGGGGCACGUCCACCAGCCCCUAGCCUCCCCCUCGGCUCCCACAACCAGUUCAUCCCCCUGCAGGUGACAAAGAAACGUGUGUCUGGACGGAAAAAUAUGGAGACAAGAGAGUUCUACAAUUCGGCACAUGUGGGGCGACAACAAGGCACUGACCCCUCCCACCUGACCCAGCCGAAUGUCAGCGCAGCCCCUUCGGCCUCCGCUGCACCCCCAAAGACUCCCCCCGCCUCCCAGGAGCCCCCAGAGAAGGUCACGCCCACCACGCCCAGCACACCGAGACAGAACCCCGUCCCUCACACCCCUGGCUCUGCCUCGAAGAGGAAAGCUAGGAAACUGGCAGUGAACUUUGAGGCCGGGAAAGUACUGGAAUGACAUUUCCCUCUGUGAUGUCUUUUUUUUAAAAGACCAUAUUAUAGUUCCUUAUGGGAAAAAUAUAACCGCAAUGAAAGGACUGCAGCCAGGAUGAUAAUUUGUUUUUUCCUGUUUCUCUCAAUUUUGUGAUACAAAUCAGCCAUCAACUAAUUUUAUAGGGCCUUUUUAAUUUGAUCGAGUAGAAUGGGGGAAAAGCCUUUUUUUAAACUCCUCUGAUUUUUGAACCUUGUGAACCUCUUUCCCCUUCUGGAGGAAGUAUUUCAAAUUGCCAGCUUACCGUUUUUGUUCUUUGCAUUAUUUCACUUUGAUCAAAUUCAUCUCUUUUUCCUGUUUUACAUUUGUAUCAUCUUAGGUUUUACUUCAUUCAGUAUGUUUUAAUGUUUUAUUGCUAUAUUUACUGUCUUUGAAAUGAAUUUGAUGUCAUUCAUCCUAAGCUGAAAAUUUUCCUCUUGUGCAAUACACCCAAGCACAACAAAUCACAUUACAUCAUGUUACAACACAUUUCGGCAUUCCCCCAGAAAAACACAGGACCGGAGACAGAGCCUCAUGUGCUGCCGGGCUCCCAAACUGUAGUGUGGAUAUGCCCAUCCGUCGGGCCCGUCUCCAGAAUGUGUCCUCAUGACAAUGACUCGUGGGUCUGGUUGCUGUGGCUUUCUUUUACUAUUUACCACUGACGUGUCCAUUCUCUCUGUAUCGUCGUCUUUUCUGGACACCUGUGGUGCAUCUUUAGCACCCUCGAUAUCAUGUGACGUCAGUUUUAAAUUUCGCCUCCCAUGCACUGACGCUGGGAGAGGGUAAAUGUGUUUCUUUUUUUCUUAAAAUCACUUGUUAAAAAUGGAUUUUUAUAAGGAUCCCAUUUUAAGACAGAAUCUAUGAUUUGUUAGGAUAUAAGAUUCGUUGUAAUUUUUUAAUGGAAAUUACUACAACUGAGGCAACCAGAACUGUUUGUACACGUGUUUGUCUUUUGCUUUGAGAACAACGAGUUUUACGUUUUGCAUUAAAUUUGUA